AUGGAUAAAUUCGAUUUUUUUGGUGCAAUUCCUUCCGAUCUUCCAAUUCCUGUCAUUCCAGGUAUAACCUCUUCGAAAAAACUACCAACAAUACAGACAUCACAACCACAAACUUUACCACCAGAUCUGUUGAUUAGAAUUCUUGGAUAUCUCCCCAUUACCUCUCUACCAAAUUUUGCAAGAGCAUGUAGACGAUUUAAAGUUUUGGUUUAUGAUGAUGAAUUAUGGGAACAACAUUUAAAAGUACUAGGAAUCUGGAAAGAUUACGGCAAUGGUGACAUCAUGAAUGCUCCUGUAGAACCAUUAUACGUUAAUGCAAAACAUACUGUGAGAGGGAAAGCUGAUAUGAUGUUAAAUGAUUGUUCAGAAUUUGAUCCUAUAGCUACACCUCCAGCUUCACCCACAACACCUAACCAUACUGGAAAUCUAUUAGAUUUUGCGAUAAAGACGGCACGUUCUCAUAAAACUCUAUCCUUAAUCCCCGGUCUUCCUUCUGAUCCUUUCUCUCAAAAGUCUCGUGCUGCAUCUACUGGUGCUGCAAGAACUGCAUUCAAAAAGAUUUAUAGAGAACUUCUGCCAUAUUAUUUAGAUUUCAGACAUAGAAGGAAGGAUAGUAGAUUAUUUAAAGAGUAUAAUGAUCCAGCAGAUCAAGCAAAGAUGUUGGCAAGACUAAUUAAUUUUGGCAAAAUAAAUAUUACGUUAGAUUCUGAACAGAUUAAUGGUGCGCUGGAAACAACCAUUGAAUAUUUUGAGAACUCUGCACUCCACCAUUUUGAAUUGGCAUAUAAUGUCAAUAAUACGACGGAAAUGCAGAAAUGGGCGGCUAUUCUUUUGAAUCUGAAUGGAGGCUCAGCAUGUAUACAGGUUUUUAUACAAAAGAAUUCUAUAUUCUUUGAUUAUCUUUAUAAUCCUCUGGACAAUUUUACAUAUGGAUCAACAUCGCAUCUCAGUGAAUUAAGUUAUGCUUCGAUGAAAGAAUUUUUUAAUUAUGUAGAAGAAGAAAUAAAAAAACAAGCUAUUUUAAUCAAUCAGGUAUUCCCACAGGAUGCCGACGUGUUUUAUACCUUUGUCGAGCGUGUUGUUGAGGAUGUUAUUAUAGAAUACAUAUCAAAACUAUUGGAGAAAGCUCGCAAUAAGGAUAUUAGCUUGUAUUUGAAGACAACAGUGGCAGCUCAUCAGCGUUGUAUAAAAGUCAUAAAAGUUCUUUGGCAAGAAGCCAAGCCUGGCUUAACCAAAAUAAGAGCCGAAGAUCUAAUGUACCAGAUGUUUGAACCUUUUAUGGACAACUAUUUGACAGAAGAAUUGAAUUAUGUUAGGGCACAAAGUGAAGAAAUUAUUGAAAAAUUGAAUCAAAAGUUGUUGAACAAAUCGAUAGAAGCGCAACAGGCCAUUCUUCAUAAUGCAAACAGAGAGAUUUACAAACGUAAUUACCUCACCUCCUUUCGAAAAAUUUUCAAGCUCUCGACAACGCGUUCACGUCAUUCUUCACAAACUCAAUCAUCCACCUCAAGUACUCCUCGUAAUAAACGAGCUAGUGUUGCAAGCAAUGCUUCUAAUCCUCCGCUAAGCCCAACAGAUCUACAGGAGGCUUUAUGGAAUGCUAAAUUGGACAAGAUGCAACAAAUGCUUAGUUUGGAGACGGCCUUGCAAAUGGUUCACGUGAACAAAGAUUCAUUACGUAGAGUUUCUGCUUUUGUUGGAUAUCCUGAUAAGAUGGGAUUCAGAAUUAAAGAAACUUUGGAAUCAGUAUUUGUUAUUCUUCUUCAGACACUAGGGCCAUUACAUAUUAAACCAGGAUUUGAUACUGCCAUAAAACAUCUUGGUGAAUUUAAAUCGGAUCCAGAAUCUACUUCGUCUGACGUUGCACCUUUAGUGGAAUUCUUUGAGUUGGUCCAUAUUGCUGAUUUAAUCCAACAAAUGGUGCAAGUAUAUUAUGAUGAAGAAUUGAAUAAAUAUGUGGAUAAAACAGAUUUUUUAAAUCAUUGUAAUAAGGAAAAAAAAAUCUUUGAAAAAGUCCUUGACGAAAGCGUUGCUGCUGGAUUAAACAAGGGAAUUCAGGAACUUGGAAAUAUUUACAUUAUAUCAAAUGCACGUGAUAUUGGAUUAUUCGUGAGAGAAUCAGAAAGGUUUAAUGGUGUUUUACGUGCGGAAGAUGUUUAUGAAUUUUGCCAGAAACGGGAGGAUUGGAUGAUAAUUAAAAAAGAAGUGGAUAAGGAGUUAUAUGGACUAAAAGCGGAGGAUUGUACGAUUACUUAA